AUGCUCGAACUGGAAAUAAUUGAUUUGACUUUAGACAGCGAUUUUGAACCAACUCCUAAAAAAAAGAAACAACACCAUAGUUGUACUGGUUCAACAUUAGGCAGUGAUUACAGCAUUGAACCAACUCCUAAGAAGAAGAAGAAGAAGAAAAAGAAGAAGAAAAGCUGUACUGGUUCAACUGUGGAGAAUGAUUGUGACUUUAAACCAACUACCCCAGAAAAAAAGAAGAAAAAGAAAAAGAAGAAAAGUUGUACUGGUUCGACCUUUGGCAGUGAUUGUGACUUUGAACCAGCUCCUUCAGAAAAGAAGAAGAGCUGUAAUUUUUCAACCUUAGAAAGUGACUGCAGCUUUGAACUAACUCCUAAAAAGAAGAAAAAGAAGAAACACAAGCACCUUAAAAAAGGACAAAGGGCCUAA